AUGUCGAGCCUAACCAUCUCCCUCACUGCCCCCAACGGCCGCAAAUACGACCAACCAACCGGCCUCUUCAUCAACAACGAAUGGGUCGCCAGCAGCAAAUCCAACAAGAUCACCUCCAUAAACCCGACCGACGAGUCCGAGAUCGCUUCCGUCCAUGCCGCCGAACCAGAAGAUGUCGACAAAGCUGUCGCAGCUGCUCGGGCUGCUUUCAACGACCCAUCAUGGCGCGACAUGGCUUCGUCGGAUCGAGGAGAUUUGAUGUAUAAGCUCAGUCAGCUGGUGGAGGCCAAUAAAGAGUUGCUCGCCACGAUCGAGACGUGGGAUAAUGGCAAGCCGUAUCAGGUUGCUUUGAACGAGGAUUUGGCCGAGGUGGCUGGAUGCUUGAAGUAUUAUGCGGGUUAUGCGGAUAAGAUUCACGGGCAGGUCAUCGAUACCACGCCAGCGAAGUUGGCGUACACCAUUCGGGAGCCUGUUGGUGUUUGUGGACAGAUCAUCCCAUGGAACUACCCCCUAGCAAUGGCAGCCUGGAAACUCGGUCCUGCUCUUGCAUGCGGCAACACCGUCGUCAUCAAAGCCGCCGAACAAACGCCCCUCUCCAUCCUGGUCUUCGCCAACCUCAUCAAGGAAGCCGGUUUCCCUCCAGGUGUCGUCAACGUGAUCAACGGACACGGCCGAGUAGCCGGUGCAGCCAUGGCUCAACACAUGGACAUUGACAAGGUCGCCUUCACAGGUAGUACUGCGACAGGCAAGGAGAUCAUGAAGAUGGCUAGCGUAAAUAUGAAGAACAUCACCCUCGAAACCGGCGGCAAAUCCCCUCUCAUCGUCUUCGACGACGCUGAUCUGGAGCAAGCUGUCCGGUGGAGUCACGUGGGUAUCAUGUCAAAUAUGGGCCAAAUCUGCACAGCCACCUCCCGCAUCCUCGUCCAAGAAACCAUCUACGACAAAUUCGUCGAAGCCUUCAAGAAACAAGUCUCCGAAGUCAGCAAAGUCGGCGACCCCUUCUCCGACGAGACCUUCCAGGGCCCUCAGGUGACGAAAGCCCAAUACGACCGCGUCCUCUCCUACAUCGAAGCGGGGAAACAAGACGGCGCCACCCUCGCCCUCGGCGGCGAAGCCUACAAGAACGUCGGCGACGGCAAAGGCUUCUUUGUCACCCCGACCGUCUUCACGCACGUCAAGAGCUCCAUGCGAGUCUUCCGGGAAGAAGUCUUCGGCCCUUUCGUCGUGGUGGUAUCCUUCAAAGACGAGGCGGAGGCGCUGAAGCAGGCGAACGAUACGACGUACGGACUCGGCUCGGCGAUUUUCACCAAAGAUAUCGUGAAGGCGCAUCGGGUGGCGAGGAAAAUCGAGGCAGGGAUGGUCUGGAUAAAUAGUAGUCAGGAUAGUGAUUUCCGGAUUCCGUUUGGCGGGGUGAAGCAGAGUGGGAUUGGGAGGGAGUUGGGGGAGGCGGGGUUGGCGGCUUAUAGUAAUACUAAGGCUGUGCAUGUUAAUUUGGGGACGUGGUUGUAA